AGCCUGUGGAUAUGUCUCAUAUGUGGCCACAUAGGAUGUAGUAGAUAUCUAAGGUCGCAUGCGAAGAGGUUAGUGAGAACGGUUAAGACUCUUCAGUUAACCACAGCAGACGAGAUCAGUGCUCGAAGCAAAUUAAUCUAGCGGGCGAUGAGCGCCUGAAAGUCUAAUUGACCAAUCAGAACUAGAGGCAAAUUCAUGUAGCCGGCAAUGAGCUCGGGAAAGUCCAACUGACCAAUCAGAACUCGAAGCCAAUUUAUGUAAAAGUCCAACUGACCAAUCAGAACUCGAAGCAAAUUCAUGCACCCUACGCUAAACGCGAAGAAGUCCAAUUGUGUACUAUUCAGGUAUCGAGGCAAAUUCUUGUAGCCGGCGCUAAGCGCGGGAAAACGCGGUUGAACGACCAGUGCUAGCAAGGCAUGAUUGGUUCUGAUUUAGCUUCUGACUGGUUAAGAAAUUGGUGUAUGAAGCUUUGGGCAAUCACAAGCGUGGCGUUACAACCACAGCUAUUUACAUGGGCUAAGAAAAAUUCAGAACUGGUAAAUUUCGUUCCGAAAUCGUGUUUACCAUUUGCACAAAUCAGUUCCUUUUAGCGAAAAACUGCCGCGAAAGUCUGAAACUGGUAUCAAAGAUGGGCUUUAACGUAUGGAACACUAAUUUCCGUUUGGAACAUCCCAUCCGAAAUAAUAGGACUACCUUUUCAAAUGUUCCGCUGCUCCCGGAAAUUCUCCACGGGAACGAUUCGAAAAUCCGUGUUCCAUUUGCCCCAUGGAUUUACUUUUCCAUCGCAUUUCCCAGAGACGUUUGGUAAAUGGUAAACAUCCAAGCUGGAAAGAAUUAUGGAACUGUCCUUUUAACAUGAUCGUCCGUGUGAUUGAUUGUUGAUUGAUCUCUCUUUUCUUCUCUCCAAGAUAUAGUCGAGUUUAUUUGUUUGCUUUUUAAUCACAGGCAUUUCCAAGAGACUCAACACACGUAUUCUUUAGAGCUUGGGACCCAAAGAGUAUGGGACUAUACCGGAGGUACGGUAUAGUAUCCCUCUAUAUUCCUAUUACUUUGGCUUACCAUGGCGAUAUGAAUUCCUAUGAUGUAAAGUGUAGCAUUUUUAUAAUCACAGUCACUGUUUAGCCGCCGUUCUGACUCUUUUCUCACGCUACAUCAUGCUGUUCUUCGUUACAUCGGGUAACGCCUUCAGCAGUCCGGAAUAUCCCUAAAUUUAAGGACAGGGCCAACUGGUCACGCGACACUUUUCAACCAAUGAGAAGGCGCACUUGUGUUUAUCAACAAACAAAUCAAAACAUCGCCCCAGUGAUCAAAAAUUUUCAAAACAACGGACGGAGUCGGACAGAAUUAGUCAUCGUUUCGGGGCUCUCAGGCAUAUUUUUAAGACUUUUCAUGAGGCAUACACAAUUUUUUUAAGUAGACAGCGUAUCGGAAGCCAUAUUGGAAGUGUCUCGUGAAAUAUUCUGCACAUUUUGUGGCUUAUUUCUUCUUUUAUACUACUACAUGAAAAAUUACUGCAAUUUGAUUGGCUUAGAGCAGUGGUAUUUCAGCUUAAUUUGAAAUACCUACAUGUGAAAAUUACAAACCUUUUGCGGGUAGUGGUAUAAACAAAUAAUAGCAUGAUUUGAAGGUGAUAUUUGGCAUAAAUACCACUCGUAAUAUUUCAAAAUUGUCUCAAAUUUCACUCGCCUAACGGCUCGUGAAAUUACGUAUAACAAUUUCGAAAUAUCACUCGUGGUAUUUAUGUCAAAUAUCACUACAAAUCAUGCUAUUACCUAUACUUAUCUUUUAAACAACGCGAUGUAUAGGCGAGUUUUGGGUCGGUUUUCAAGGUAGGUGAACAAGGAUCUAUUAUUUUUUCGAUUCACAGAUUUUUUACGAAGUUUUACAUAUUUUUCCUCGAUUGUCAUAUCGAUUAACUUUUAUCAUGUUGAAUGUGGGGAUGGUAGACAACCUAGAAUUUUGGUAGACAACUUUUGAAUUCCGAGGUCCAAAAACACGCACGUUUUCCACUCCCGGGUUUCUCACAGAGCCGUGUUAUUACUUUUUUUCGCAUUAGUACGAGCCUUUGUCUUUUUUCUUUUCAAGGCCAAAACAACUUUAUUAGUCUUAUGGAUAUUCGCGUCCAACAUCUCGCCUCACUUUGCCGAAUUUGCGGGGAUGAAAUUGAAGAUCAUAAGCGCAAGGUAGAUACUAACCGCUUUGUUUCUGAAAUUCACUAAUCUGGAAAGAUUUAAUGUUGUUGGAUUCUUCAAAGAAACAAGGCAAAUCUCAAUUAUAAAUGAUGUGUUUCGCUACUCAUUGAACAUGCACUGAUUAUCUGGGAUAAAAUUGAAACAUUGCAGGUACUACAGCAGGCAAAGAAAGCACCAGAGGCGUGAAGUUAACGCGAAACAACACGAAAAAACAAACAAGAAAAAUUUAAAAAGUUAUACUACUUUCUAUUCUUGUUACGAUGACUGGUUCUUUGAUUCUUGUCCUGUAGAAGUUAAUGGGUAGUACCAAUCCUGUUUUGUACGAUCUCAACAAAUUUUCACGCUUUCUUUCUUUUAAGGCUAUUUUUUACACGGGACCAGUUUGCUUUUAUCAAAAAUCUUCCAAGCCAUGCCAGUGAAGCCACAACCUCUGCGAGAUCGGUCUGGAAUCAGUUCGAACACCCCAAUGAUUCCUUGCAAUGAUUAAUGCUCUUAUUCUCUUACAAAAAAUGUUUUCUUUGAAAUACUAAAUGUGAAACCUAGACGAGUACUGUAAGCUCAUCUUUAAUUCUGUCCGACUCCGUCCGUUGUUUUGAAAAUUUUUGAUCACUGGGGCAAUGUUUUGAUUUGUUUGUUGAUAAACACAAGCGCGCCUUCUCAUUGGUUGAAAAGUGUCGCGUGACCAGUUGGCCCUGUCCUUAAAUUUAGGGAUAUUCCGGACUGUUCAGAAUCCCUCAAUUUGUAUUCUUGAAUGAGUUUCAUUUGUUAAUUUUGUUUUUGUUUGGAAGGCUAGACUUUUGAAAGAAUAAAAAGCAAUAAUUCCUUGAAAAAGCAUGAUUUUACUGCUAUUGAUUAAAAAGUGACUAAAGCGUGUACUUUUUCUUCAGAUAACUUUGUACAUCGUCUGAUUCAGAAUAAGACUGACGGGAAACUAGUAGAAUAUGGAUCAGGACAGCAGGUGAGGAGAGCACCGAGUAGAAAAUAUGUUUAUCUUAAAAGCGAGAAGGUUGAAUUUGACGUAUACCUAAUUCAAUAAAGGUUGCUUUAACAAUUGGUCAUUGGCAAUCGGGCAUUGGGAGACGUUCCGUUUUUUAUUCCCCCCCCUCCCCCCCCGCUGGCCCCCAAAGAUGACUAGAUUCCGAACCCUCAAAUUUUUGUCGGCACCCUUUGAAAAAUGAAAUCCGAAGGGUUCCUUUUUUGUCGGCACCCUUUGAAAAAUGAAAUCCGAAGGGUUCCUUUUUUGUCGGCACCUUUGAAAAAUUUGGCCUAAGGGACCAAAUUUUGUCGGCUUCUUUGAAGAAAAAAAACCCGAACCCCGCUAUUCAAAAACCUGCCAUCCUCAGGAGGGUGUAGCCUGUUCCAGGCUCCGAGAUAGUGGUAAAAAGUCGUUCAGUAAAAAGAAAUGCGAAAAACGCGCGGGGGCUGGGGGUCGCUUUGCUCGUUUUAAUACGUGCGCACUAUACUAACUGAGAGCCUGGCACAGGUUACAGGGGGGUGCGCAUAAAAAAUGGAACGUCCCUGGGUAUUUGGGCAUACGGAACUCACUGCAAUGAUUUGCUGGGGUGACCGCCAAACAAGAGUUUCCCAGAGUGCUAUUGUCUUUUUAUUGAAUCGGGGAUAUGCUGGAACACAUUAAGGUGGGAUUUGCAUGACGUGUUUACAAGAUUUAACAAAAGCGUACUCUCUUACUUGCUAAUUUAGCAGGUUAUGGAUGAAGAAAAGAUGGAUUCUUUAACGCUAGAGGUAAUAUGUGUGAUUUUUUGUAGUAUGAAAUCUAGGAGCCUGUGCUUCAUGAAUAAUCGUAGGGAGUCCGAAAGCUCUAAAUUACCAAAUUCAAGGUGCCCUUCACAAGGCCGGUAAUUGUUAAGAGCGUUCAUUGGUGUAAAUGGGAGAAACACACGAAUUCAGGACAGUGUAAGCAUUUUCACUGAUUCUCUCAGCUUGUUCCCCAGAUAACAGAAUGAAAAUUUGUAAGCAGAAAGGUCUUUUCUUUGGGGAACAUUUUCAACAGAUUAAUAGAAAGAGUAUAGUAAGCGGCUGAAAGCCUGUACAAACAUAGUGGUAUACUUAAAGCUGCUCAUAAAUCGUGGUAUCCGAUUCGGCGAUGGCGCAAAAGAGGAAACCAGACACACAGUUUUAAACGAGAGGGGAUGGCCAGACUAUCGUUAUCCGUGGUGCGGGACAACAACAAAGUCCUUAACCCUUUUGAUGAUUCGUCCUCAUCUUUCUCACUUUUGUUUUUAGUACACGUACCUUUUAACCAGUCAACUAGAAAACCAAAGGCAUUAUUUCCAAGAAAAAAUUACACAGAUAGAAAAAGAUGCCGCUGAACAGGUAAAUAAAGCGUUCAAUGUUUUCCCUAUUUUGUAUCCAAAACUCGGCUUCUUUGUUAUAUGUAGUCACCUUUCUAUUAACGCACACCUCUUUAAGGCAGAUACUGAGCUCCAUACGAAAACACCACGGAGUUGGUAACAGGGCGCACUGCUGCCAAAAUUGGCGACUUGUCGCGAAAAUUUUGUUUUACUUGCUACGGCGACCAAAGAAAAUGGUCGCAUCUUGGUUUCAAUUGGAGCGCUGAAGCUAGAAACCCGAACUAUAUUUUGAGGUAUGCAACGGGUUUUAUUUCACGAAGAGAUUGCGGCUCUUCUUGCUGUCUCCACAUUUUCCCGCCGAAAAAAGAGACGGACACCACUCUAAAUACUGACACUUACUGCUGUUCUUACACCAGAUGUUAAUAUGUUAUUUUUAAUGAAAAAUAAAGGAAACUCCGCUUUAGCAACAGACCUAUGUUCAGAUGAAUUGAAAAAUUGUCGCAGCAAUCGGAAAAAAAGUUUGCUGUCUUUAUCAAAUCCUUGUUGCCCGAUGGAGCAGCUAAAUAUAUAAACAAACAUUGCAUAUUCGCCUUACAGUCGUUGUGUUUCCCUUACUUGAUUUUUUAUAUUUGCAAAUCUUUUUAAGGUGAGUUCAAUGGAAGAGCGGACGAAGAAAACACUGGAAGAAUGUAAAAAACUGGAAUUGAAACUUUCCGAAGCUGAAAAAGAAAAGAAAAACGUGGAAAAGAAAUAUGCGCAGGUAUUAACUGACCUCCUAUUAAAAUACCAAUGCAUUUGCUUUGAAAACUACACAAACAUUCCCAAAUUUUAGUUUGAAAACUUUCAGUCAACAAUCAGCAACGCUGUUAGUGUUCACGGUGAAGGUGAUGUUACCAAGGUGACACAGGACGAUUCACAACGACGAGUUUUGGCGCAACGAUGUUGCUUCUUAAAAUGAUGCCGUGUAACAUGGAUGCGCCGACGAUUUUCAGCACAAUUUUUGGGCUGCAAGUUUUUGUAUAGGCUUCAGAAACGUUCAACACCAAAUCACGAAUUUCGUUCAGAUUUUUUCGUGUAGCAUACGUGUCGUCAAUUUUCCGCGGAACGCCUUUUAAGAACCCUUUUGCCUUCCUUUGUCGCGCAAAAAAUCGUCCCGGGUAACGCGUCUGUUUUCAACGGAUCUCGCGUGCACGUUUGUGUUGCGCUAACACUUUUCGUUGUAAAUGGUUUCCGUGUUUUAUCUCCUAAACUUGCAACGCUGUGUUGAGCUAAAAAUCUUCGUGGCGAAGAAGACUUCAGUUUACUAAACUGGUUACUGAAGAAAUAUCUGUCAGUUCUGAUAGUUGUCACUGAGGUUCUCCACUCGGCGUCAAUUAUCUGCCGAUAGAUAUCUUGAGUUCGCCUUUUAUUGUUAGAUUGGGAAUAUUGCGCUAUGUACAGACAACUAAAAUUAAAAAUUAAAAAUUAAUUAAAAUCAAUAUAAAUACUUUAGAUUGGUGGAUAUUCUUUAAUUUUUGCAGGUUGUAAACAGGGUUGGGAAACUAGUCACCGAUCUCAAAGAUGAACAAGAGGUUUGUAAACCGACUAAUUUUUGGACCUUUAAAUUGAUACUAUGUAACAUGUUAACAGUAUUUUCUAGUUUGGCCGCGAGGUAUUUACCAUCGUAGUGCCCUCCCCCUUCAAAAUAGACGGCUUUCCAUCUUUUCUUCGGAUUUAGGGGUGGGCCGAGGGGACCGCGUCCUGCCUUUUUUUUUUCUGUAACUCUUAAAGAAUUCUCAGUAAAAUAAAACGUAUCUAUAUAGGUGGCAAGUGUCCCGGCCACCCCUUCCUGAAUUUUCUGGGUCCGUCUCUGGUCUUUAUAACAAUCGAAAUACUCGAUGUCAAUAAGUAGUUCUAUAUUCCCUGUUUUCAGCUAAACAGGUGUUUGCGAGACAAUCAGAAGUUAUUCCAAGAGAAGUUGUCACAAACGGAAGAAAAGUUACAAUUGGUAGAAGCUGCGAAGAAACAGGUACUCCUUGAAAUCAUGUAGCUGAUCGAAGACUUUCGAGUCGGACAGACGCCAAUCGUUUUCCUUUGAUUUUUUGAUAGGAAAUCGCUGAUCUCCAGGAGCAACUAGCAGAUCUCAUGCGCCAUCUGGAGACACAGCAAGCGAUAGCCAGCGCCUCGGAAGAAACAAGACAGGUAUUUUAAUAAAAACCUUGGUUUUAGCAAACAGUCGUCUCUUCUCGCUGCUCGCCGUGUGGGACGUAGACAGCUGUUUUCGCGGGCUACCUCGGUUUGGUCUCACGCUACUUUCAAUACGACUUGCUUGCGUGUACGUACGGGCAUAAUUCUUAGAAAACGUUGAAUUGACCAAAUAAGUGGUACCGAGAAUUACGGAAAUAAGUCACACAAGGUAAAUUUAAUUGAUACUUAAAACACAUUUUCCACACCACUUGAGGUGGUUUUCACGUUACGUCAUCGCCGCCAUGCUGGUGGACGGUAAACAAAAGAUCGCUCAUUAGCUCGCUUUGUUUGUCCACCAGUAUUUGUUUAUUUCACCAUUUUUAUUUGUGUCUCCCGAGACUGCAUGAAAACCACCAAUAGGAAGAAUAGGGACAACAAACGAGAAUUUAUAUUUUGAUACUAGGUAUUAGGGUUAAAAGUGUUUAACUUAAGUUGUCUUCUUCUCUUACAGGAGUUGCAAGAAGGUCAAGUAUUUGUGGGUGAAGGAUCAGGUGGUACACACCACACAAAGAAAACAAGGCGAAAGAAGCAGUAGAAUCGCCUGUCAGACAUACCUUAAAGUCAACUGUUCACUCUGCUUACUCAAGUCAAAGGAGGUCUUGCUUGAAAGGCGAAGCAUAGCCAUUACUUUGAGCAUUAUCAACACAGCCCAGGGUGGGAUACGCGCUCUCUUAACAACUGCGACUAAGAUAUUAAUUUAUACGUCUAUGUGUUUGCAUGCAAAGACUGUAAAUGGACUAAAUCAGGAGCCCAUCUCCUGACUAAAUCAAAGUAUGAAGAAACUUAACAAGGGCGGAGGAGAACGGUUGUCCAAAUUCAAUCGCGCAACCUCGUGAUCGACUGGAUUACCAAAUUCUAGUGCUGAAAAUGAAAAAAAAAACUUACGGGAAACAGAAGCAAGUUCGCGCAAAAUGCGCGCAAAAUGAAUGCUACGCGCGCUGUGAUUGGUCGUUGUCCAUGAUCUAUUGGAGUAGACACACUGAUGACGUCAAGGCAAACUUGUUUUCUUUGUUUUGUCAAACAUGGCGCGCGGCUUUGAAAAUGUUUGCGUGAUAAUUUCGGAUUAAGCAAGUGAAAGCCCCGAAAAAAGUUUAGCUGGAGCUGUUUACAAGUAAGAAAAACGGAGAAACCGAGACAGGAGAUUUCUUGGCGACUCAAAAAUACCUAAACUGCAAGAAAUCCUCACAACAGUUGCACUCACCGCUGCGAGAGAUUGCGACGUUUUGAAUACAUUUGCGCGAUCACUCUGCUUUGAGAACGUGAACGCCUUGCGAAACGUCAGGGGGAAACUGUCCUUACCUCAUUUUUACGUCAUCUGUGAUCCUUACUGAACAGACGACAGCUAAACUGUAGUAUAAAAUAAAGCAGUUAUUCUAGAGAAGUGUUCAAAAUAGCAGUUUGCCUUCUUAACAAAACCCUUAAGUCUGAUGGCGAAGGAGAAAGCAUAAAGAAAACACUGAACGAAUAAUUAAAGGCUGUAAAGAAAUAGUUUUAUUUAAGUGUUCUACAAAAUAAAGACACAAAUCAAAAUCACAC